AUUUACUUUUUUCAUAGAGUGAUGUAUAUGCUGUGAUGCAUAUUGGUGCACCAUGUUGCGGUAUGAAUGCAGCUGUUAGAUCUUUUGUUAGAAAUUGCAUGUUUACUGGUGAUACUGUUUUAGGCAUUCAAGAAGGUAUUGAAGGCUUAAUUGAAGGAAAUGUAAGACAUUUACAGUGGGGAGAUGUAAAUGGAUGGGUUGGACAGGGUGGAGCAUUUCUUGGUACAAAAAGAACUCUUCCUCUACCUCAUAUGGACAAGGUUGUAGAAAAAAUUAGAGAAUAUAAAAUUCGUGGCUUACUGGUAAUUGGUGGAUUUGAGGCAUUUUAUUCAGUUCUGCAGAUGGCUGAAAAUAGAGAAAAAUAUCCAGAAUUACGCAUACCUUUAAUUGUUAUUCCUGCAACUAUUAGCAAUAAUGUUCCUGGCACAGAAUUUUCAUUGGGAGCUGAUACUGCUCUUAAUGAAAUUACUGAAAUUUGUGAUCGAAUACGUCAAUCUGCACAAGGCACUAAAAGUAGAGUUUUUGUUGUUGAAACUAUGGGUGGCUAUUCCGGAUAUUUAGCAACUCUUGCAGGAUUAGCUGGUGGAGCGGAUGCUGCAUAUAUUUUUGAAGAACAAUUUUCUAUACAAGAUUUAAUGGGAGAUGUUUUCCAUAUGAAAGCUAAGAUGAAAGAAGGUGUGAAAAGAGGCCUAAUUUUAAGAAAUGAAUGUGCUAAUGAACAUUACUCUACUGAAUUUAUUUAUCGUCUAUAUUCAGAAGAAGGAAAAGACACUUUCUCUUCUAGAAUGAAUGUUCUUGGACAUAUGCAACAGGGUGGAAGUCCAUCUCCCUUUGACAGAAAUUUUGGAACAAAAAUGUCAGCAAAAGCAGCAACAUGGCUAGUUCAACAAGUAAAAAAGUAUCGACAACCAGAUGGAAGUGUUAUCUGUAAUAGUCCAGAUACGGCUGUCUUACUAGGACUUAUUAGAAGAAAUUAUGUUUUCACUCCAGUCCAAAUACUUAAAAAUGAAAGUGAUUUCAAACAUAGAAUUCCCAAUCACGUCUGGUGGCUUAAGUUGAGACCAUUGUUACGUAUUCUUGCCAAACAUGAAUCGACUUAUGAAAAAGAAGCAAGUGUUUUUUCUAGUGAUGCCGAAAUGGAUUAAAAUUCUUUUAAAAUUGUUAUCAGAAUUAUUUAUUUAUUUAUUUGUCCUGCUAUUAUAACUCUUCUAUUGCAUUUAUUCUGCAUGUUUUUGAGAAAUUUUGUAAUCCUUUUAAAUUUUAAAUAGUAAGAGAAAAAAUAUUCCAAUAGUACAAUAAGCUUAGAUUGAUUUUUUUUUAAUCUGCAUAAAAAUUAUAAUAUGAAGUUAUGUAGUUAGGGAACAAUUUUUUUUCUUUAUUUUCUUAUUUUUUUCACAAGUUUUGUUUAUGAAUGAUAUAUCGUGUUAAAUAUGCUCUAUAGAUUAUAUAUUUUGAAAAAUAUAUUUUGAGAAGUUAUAUUAUUCUAUAGAAAAUAAAUAUUUGAAAUAUAUUAAAAUUUAUAUGUUUAAUAAAAUACAUAUUUAUAACUUAUAACUUAUAUUUUUGUUUGAUAUUAAUGCAUUAUUCUUGCUUGGAUGUGUUUAUAUGGAAAUUGAUGGUAUUUAGAGUCAGUAUUACAUGUGAUAAAGUUAAUAUUAGACCAAAUAUGAAGUUUGUUUUGUUAAACAAAAGCCAAAGCUGUUUAUUUAAUUGCCUUGUUAAUUCUAAUCUGUGAUAAUUGUUAUGUUAUACCAGAAAAUGUUUUUAACAUUAACUAAUUUAGAUUGCAAUAUUCUUUAUUGUUAUAUAUCUGUAAUUAGGUAAUACUAAAAUUGUUAACUUGAAAAUUUAAUAAAGCAUUGUAUAACAUUUGAAAAAAUUAUAUUGAUAAUUAAUUAGUUUUUUAUUAUUUAACAGAAUAAAUACAAGAAUAAU